CAACAAAAACGUCACUUCCGCGAACAUAACACCAUUGAUUGCCAGUCUCGGCUAUCGAUUAUUGAAGACAAGUUCGCAUGCAGACUCGGUGCUGGCCAGUUUUCGUGGGGAAUGCGUGGCGGUUGGUGCGAAAGGAGGCUGCGUCGGCUGUGCUAGUGGCCGCUGCUGCCGUGGCCGCGGACGCAGUUCGCGUCGUUGCCGAGUAAGGCCAGGCCGUCCUUCGGUCCCGAGGCGAGUAUCCCUCGGACUAUGGCACUAGCACCACUGCUCCCGCUCGGACACCUCGCUAGCUCGCCGUUGGUGCACAUGCAAUAAUCGAGAAGGAAAAUGAGUGCGAGAGACAGUGCACUACCGCUGCCGGCGCCGCUGCUGCUGCUGCUGCUUUCGGCAACGUGCAGCCUCGGUUGGGCCGCCUGGCAGGAGAAUAUCCGGCCCAAGAUGUACGUCCAGCUAGGUGCAGAGGACGUUUAUCGCUUCACGGGCAACGACACCCACACCGACUACUUCCGCCUGGUCGUCCACGACGGGCACAACCUGCUGGUCGGAGGCAGGAACCUCGUGCACAACCUCAGCUCUGCGGAUCUGACCGAAAUUCAGAGACUAACCUGGUUCUCGCCCGAGACGGACACGAAAAUGUGUACGAUGAAGGGCAACGAUGACGAGAAAUGCCAAAACUACAUUCGUGUCCUGACGAAAAUGUCGGCAGGCCGCUACCUCAUUUGCGGCACAAACUCCUACAGACCAUUGUGCCGAGAAUACUCCAUUCAGACUUCGGGGUAUCUGAUGGAGAAGGAGAAGCUGGGGCAGGCGGUGUGUCCGUACAGCCCCAACAUCAACAGCACGGCCGUGUUCGUGGACGGCGAGCUUUACAGCGGCACCUACGCCGACUUCUCGGGCACCGACCCCAGAAUUUACCGAGACCCUCUGCAGACUGAGCAGUACGACUCCAUUUCCCUGAACUCUCCUAAUUUUGUGAGCUCGUUUGCUCACGGUGAUUACGUCUACUUCUUCUUCCGCGAGGGUGCUGUUGAGUACAUCAACUGCGGAAAGUCGAUCUACUCGAGAGUGGCUCGCGUCUGUAAGUCAGACAAAGGCGGCCCACAACGCUUCAGGAGUGGCUGGACGUCGUAUUUGAAGACUAGACUCAACUGCUCUGUGCCUGGAGAUUUUCCUUUCUACUUUGAUGAAAUCCAGUCGACGUCCGACCUGAUUGAGGGCAACUAUGGCGGCGAGUCGGCCAAAGUGAUCUAUGGGGUGUUCACCACUCCACCCAACUCGAUCAGCGGCUCGGCUGUGUGCGCCUUCAACCUGCAGGACAUCUCGAAAACUUUUGAAGGGUCCUUCAAGGAGCAGACUGCCAUCAACUCCAACUGGUUGCCGGUGAAAACGGCCAAGGUGCCCGAUCCGAGGCCCGGCCAGUGCGUCAAUGACUCACGCACGCUGCCUGAUCUCACUCUCAAUUUCAUCAAAAUGCACCCGCUGAUGGACGAGUCGGUCAACAGCUUCUUCGGACAGCCCAUCGUCAUCCGCACAAGCUUCCACUACCGCUUCACGCAAAUCGCGGUGGACCCGCAAGUGAAGACGCCGGGCGGCAAGGCGUACGACGUGCUUUUCAUCGGCACCGACAACGGCAAGGUGAUCAAGGCGGUCAACGCUGAGUCGGCUGACAACCCAAAAAAGGUCAACUCGGUAGUGAUCGAGGAGAUUCAGGUGUUCCCGCCGAACGUAGCCAUCAGGAAUUUGAAGGUGGUGAGGGACAAGUCAGUGACGGAGGGCCGGCUGGUUGUCGUGUCGGAUGCCGAGAUCCAAGCCAUCAGACUGCACCGGUGUUACAGCGACAAAAUCAUCUCGUGUAGCGAGUGCGUUGCCCUUCAGGACCCCUACUGCGCCUGGGACAAGCAAGGCCAAAAGUGCAGGUCAAUGAACUCGGCCCGCUGGAACGACGAGAAGAGUUUCUACCAGAGCAUCGCCACCGGCGUCCACAGCUCUUGUCCAGCCAGCAAAAUCGUGGGGAAAGACGCAGGAAGCCUGGGCGGUUUGUCCUCAAGCUUCCCAAAGUCGUUCAGCCACGACAUGAGCAGAGGCGGAAAGGAAAUUCCAGACGGCGAGGUCAUUAACAUCAUGCAGGAUGAGCAGGACAGAAAUGGCCCUGAAGUCAGCUCGGCGGAGAGCACUAUUCCUCAGUACACGGUUGAGACUCUAGUCAUCGCAGUCGUGGCUGGAUCUGUUGCUGCACUCGUUGUUGGCUUCGCCACUGGCUACCUCUGCGGCAGGAAGUGCCACAAGGAUGACGACGACAACCUCCCCUACCCUGAUACCGAGUAUGAGUACUUCGAACAGAGACAAAAUGUCAAUAGCCGGCUGACGGUGGAGCCAAAGCUGCUGUCACAGGAAGAAGUGACGUAUGCGGAGCCGAUCCACAUCCCGCCGAGCAAGGUGCUGUCGCAGUCGCCGAAGGGGACGCUGCGCAAGGGUACGCACCCGUCGGCUCCUCCGGCGGGCGGCGCAGGCGCGGCCGAGACCAUGUUCCAAUUCUCGGACAACUACACGCCGCCGCCGCGCGACCCGUACGCGCACCAGCGCGGCCGCGACAACUUCGGCACGCUGCGCAGCCACAAGGAGGGCUUCAGCAGCCACAGGACGCGCAACCCCAUGGGCGACGGCUACAACACGACGCGCAGCGUCAAGAAGGUCUACCUCUGAGAGACGGAGGGGAGAGGCAGGUCGGGCACUCUGGGCGCAGUCAGCAGGAGACGCAAGGGUGGGGGCGGCGUCGGGGGCGUCCACCCCCUCGCCACCUCGUCAUGCUCCUCCUCGUCGUCUCCCUCCCCGCCCGAGUCGUCGUCGCCCUCUCCCCCACCCACGGGCUCACCGCCCCGCUCGCCGCACAGGGCGCCCUGCAGCUUCAUCUACCGCACCUAAACGAGCUGCCCCUUCCUCCCCUUCUCCUUCUACCCCUCCCCUCUCUCGACUCGUGACUUUUUCGCUGCUUUAUUGCCAUCCUGGACUUGAUCAAGUGCCAAGCUUAACGGUGGAUUUCAUGUUCCUUGGUUUUAUUUUACGCGCAGCCAGAAGGGGCGCGAAGAGGUGCGACACGUGCGGUUUUUUGGUCACUCUCAGUUUUAUUUUCUAGCCAAUCUAAUUGGCUCAGCUUUUACAGGAAGAGUGGAUAUUUAUAUUUUUGGUUGAGCCGCCACUCUUGAUGAUUUUCAAAGGCUGAUCUUAGUUUUUAAGACUUUUUUCGCACUGCCUACGUUUAGUUUUUUUUUUCAAUCUCUUGGCGCCUCUUUUUUUGAGAAAUUUUCGCCUAUUUCCUUCUCUCUAUUGCACUCAACCGACUUUGAGCAUGAAAUUUAACUAAAAAUAUAAAAAAAUAACCGCGACAACGCCGACGUCCGCUGCUCGCGAUGACGAAUGGAUCUUCUUUUUUAUAAAUAGAUAUUAUUAUAGCCUUAAACAAGCAAACAUGACAAAUGUACAUAUGGAAAAAAGAGUAAGAAACGAUCACUUGCUGUUGUUACCCACGACGUGUAACAAACGACAUCUUACUGUUAAUGGACUGGACUUAGCUGAAGGAGAAUAAUACUCAUUUUCACUCAACACCCAAAAGAAAUUAACACGCAAUAUGCGUUGAAUCGAACGGUUAUUACUACAUAGCGGAGAAAAUAUGUAAAUUUUUAUAUUAUAAACUCACAGUUGCCCUCAUACGUAUGUAUUUGAAGGGGGCGGACGGCGAGAGCAAGCAGAAUAACGCGUUUAUUAACUUAAUAACGUAGGAAUACGCGGUACUUUAGUGUUAAACGACGUGGCAGGAAAGAAGGUACAGAGUAGCGUAACAAAAAAAAAUAUCCGCGACCCCUGAGCUUCUAUCGUGGAUGUGUAGCUUCGUUAUCGACAUAAUUAUGUAAUCAUUGUGAGCCUAAUUGGUCAGGAAAAGAAAAAAAUGUUUGCCGUAUACACGAGCUGCUGUUUCUGCGCGCGGAUUUGCCUUGGAUGUUCUGCUGCUUUUUGUGUUGAACUCUGUGUGCUGGAGAGAAUCGAACGCCACUUGUUGUUUUCUACGAAUUUCCAUUAUUAACUGCAUGCGAUCGGUGUACAGAAGAUAAAACAAUAGGUGUCGGUCACAGUGACACGUGAUAUAUUUUGGUAUGAUGAUUUUUUCGCGCAGCCGGCAGAAGAUGUGUGUCUUGAAGGCGUUUAAAAUUAAAAUACUCACUCAUUCAAGUUCAGGGGUCAAACAUUUGCACCAUUCACCACGGGGAGAAUAAAUUUUUAACAGUAUGUACCAAAGAUGAUUUUAUAUAAAAAAAAUAUGAGAUAUAUACACACACAGCAGCGUAAGUUUGGGUUGUUUCGAGAGAUUAUGAACAUGUAUAAUUAAUUAUUACGUCCGGUGCACACGUUCUACGUUCAGUUCGAAUGCGAUCGAAUCGGAAAAGUUAAAAGUAGCACUGGCAUUUCAUUUUUGACAUGCCAAUUGAUUGCUAAUCGUCGGAUUUGGUGUGGCAGCCGAAAUACUCUGUCGAAAAUUUGAACCGUCAGUUUGGCGGUUUUCGGUCUAAACCUAGCAAUAAGUGCAAUUGGCAGUAAGAUCGAGACGUCAGCGCCAAAGCGUCAGCCAACGGAAACUGCUUUUAGACCAUCCAAUCAGCUCGUUUCUCUGAAUGGUUGACGGCAUUCUCUUGACACUAUUUGCAAGAUUUAAGACCGAAAACCGCCAAAGCAACAGUUCUUACGUUUCUGCUGAUUUCCAGCUUAACUUGUCCAACUAACGGCCGCUUAACCUAAUUUUACCCUUAGGAAUGGAUUGGCACUGUCAAAAUUGAAAUUCCAGUGCUGCUUAGAAUUUGAUCAAAAGUAGAGAGUUACCAGCAAGGGUUUCCAAGGCCUAGUUUCAGUCGAUCGACACACCACGUCUCUUCGUUAUGAUUUUGAACCCUGAAGUAGAAUCGCACACCAGGCAAGGUGCGUGCCGGAAAAGGCCUAUUAAUUCUUCCAAUAAAAAGUGACCCAACGUACGUACGAAUUAUAUCAUCUCUCCUUCUUUGGGUUUGAAGAAUGAAAAAAGAAAUUAAUGUUGGAAACUUGUCUCUUCCGAUGGUAACGAUAGAUUUUAAGCGCAAGCCCCUCAAUUUCUCCAGUCGGGCCAGUCAAUUUCCGCGUGUGGUGGGCACGUAUUAAUUAUUCUUGAUUCUUGUCCUUUUGCAUCGCCGCCACUCAUUCACACGCAUUUUACCGUUGUACAUAAUUAUAAAAUAAUACUGUCGCGCACACUGCUGGAAGGGCUUGUUGGUCUCGCUGUACUCUCUACUAGGAGAGCUUUCCCGAAGCGCCAUUUUUGGUCUCAAAUGGCUCUCGGAAAAGCUCGGACACUCACAUAAACACACACACACACACUCAACAUGAUCUCGAUGCACGAAUAUGACUAUAUUAAUCGAAAGUUUGUAAUAUUUUUUUAUGCGCGUGCGACCUGAAAAUCGCACGCUGACAAGCAAGAUCUGCCCCGGCCCGUAGCGGUUGAUUCGACUCUAAUCUCACGCACUUUUUCUCGCUCGCGGCAACGCAAACAAAAGUGACUUUUUGCCAGCACCGGCUACUCUCCGGGCAUCGAAACGAAUUAUGAAGAGAAAAGAACACAGCGUUUACUGUUCAUAUUGAAGUAAUCACGUAUAAUUACAUUUAAACAUCUAGAUUAGUUGCAGGCGUUGCGAGCCCAUUUUCUUACUCUUUAUAAAUGCAUUCAUUAUAAUAGCGUUUAAUGCACAACUUAGAGCUUCUAUAAUUUUUAUUUUUUAUUUAGAAAUAUUAUAUCUACACUUACCUUGAUGAUAUUUGCCAAUGAGCAAAGUGAUUGUUGCGCGGGUGGAAUCGUGCAAUUAAAUUUUAGUUUGUCGAUUAUUUUUAGGUUUUUUCGCCCCUCGUCACGGAUCUACUUAUACACACACUCACACAAUUCUAUACCGUAGAUUUUAAUCAAAAUUAAGAGGUGAAAAAUACUCGUUAGCGAUUUUUGUAUUUUCCCAGAUGGUGAAAAACAAAACAUUUGAAACGACCGACGCCAUCAGUCAUGGAUGUACAGUCUUGUAAACUGCUUAGCUAAAUUACUAUAUUUGAGGAAAAACAUCAUAAAACAACACACAUUUUUGGUGUCACUAGUGAAACAUUUAGCGAUUCUCCUAUUUUUAAUAAAGAAGCGAGUGCUUAGUAUGGAUUUUAGUGCAAACGAUGAUGAGACUAACAUAUUUACAGGACAAAGGCUCUCAUCUGAAUGUAGUUAAAAUCCUUUGACGACUCUUCUAUUCUCUAUCGUUCUCUGUGGUGUAUAAUUUUUAUAUCAGAAAAAAACAUAACGAGUUACACACUUGCAACUUAUAUAAGACGACGCGACUUCACAAACCAACGUGUAUAUUGAAGAAAAAGAAUUGUUUCGCGAUGAUUAACGUGGCUUCGUAGUUUAUGAGGACAAAAUAAAAAUGCUUUGUAUAACAAUGGAGAUUUCUGGGAAAAGAAUUAGUUGUCUUGUAACCGAUUUUUGGAAUAAAAAAGAAAGCAGUCAUUAUUACUAAGAUUGGAUUUACCUACAUUGUAUUUGUAGAAAAAUAACAAAUGAAAACAAAUAAAGUGCUAAAUAAAUUUAGAAAAA